GACAUUGCGCAAACGCUAAAGACAUAUAGCACUUUCAUGUGAGUUUCGGUCAAUUUUGACUGAAACUUAUGUGGGAAUAGUAAACAUUAACGAAAAAACUAUUUCGAACAAUUGGAAGUUAAAAAACUUCCCAAAAAAGAAAUGUCUAAUAGACCAGGAGAAAAUCCAUUGAAAAGAAAAAAGGUUGGUGUGCACAAGAGCUGCUGUUUUGGAAAGUGCAAGCGUGACAGUCGGCCCACGUCCUACUUGGAAUAUUAUAAAAGAGUCACUAGAGUGGCUUAAUGAAUGGGAAAAUAAUCAAUUGAAAGGCCUUAUUCACGCGGAUGAAUUUCUGACCAAAGAAACAGCACAUGGAUUGAGAUUAACUCUUACUUCUAUGAUGGAUUUAUGUCAUUACCUAAUUGACAAGUAAGAUUUCAAGUAUUUACUAACUGGAAAAGUCAAUCAAGACAAUUUAGAGGAGAGAUCCCCCCAAAAAAUGAAAAGGUCACCAUGCUUCUAGAACGGCCCAAAGAACUUAGUUAUGACUUUCAUUUGUAUGAAAAAAAAUCUAAUGGAAUGCAAACUGGAGGUAGCAGCAGCAGCAGAAACAAAACUGUACCAGACUACUUUUAUAUGUAUCCAGGAAACCGUAUUUUUGUAGUACCGACUCCAAGGGCCAAGCAUCCUAUAGUUGGAGAACUAUCUUUCGACUUUCCUGAAAUGAGACGUAUUCCUAAGGGAACACCUCGACCACCAGCAGACACCGGUUACGCACGCGUAGAACUUCCUGUUGACCAUCCAACUAGAUACAGAAAAACUUUUCAUGCACGUCUGGAAGCUCUCCCAGAUGUCAUACUUGAUAGGCUUGAUUCAGAUGAAGAAGUUUGCUGUUAUAUAGUAGAAGGCCUGAAUGUUUAUCAUGCAAAACGAACAAAUAGAUUUGAUAAGUCUGCAAAAUUGGAAUUCACUACAGUCUUUGUACAGGUUAAAAAUUUGGAUUACGCUUUGUAUGGGAGUUUUAAACGUUAUGAAAGAAGAGACCCCUUAUUGGUUAUUAAACUAUGGUAAGCAAGGUUAACUAUCAGAGGCGAAGCUACUGCCGUAUCAAUAAUACGGGGCCCCCGAGCUUUGCGUGUUUGUU